AUGUCCACUCCACGAAUUCACGAUCGAGCACAAGCCGGCUUCGCUAACAGCACGGCCUACGACUCUCACCGCCCAGCCUACUCUGACACCAUCACCCAAGUCCUACUCGAGCAGCUGGAUGUGGAGGGCAAGCAAGGCGCCGUGAUCGUGGAUCUCGCGGCCGGAACAGGCAAGUUCACAGAGGCACUGGCGAAGCGGGAAGAAGGCUUCCGUAUCAUCGCCGUGGAGCCGCAUCAGGAUAUGCGGAAAGUGUUGGAGGGAAAGCAAUUGAAGGGUGUCAGCGUAGUCGACGGUGUUGCGGACUCGAUGUCGAGUCUGGAGGAUGAGAGUGUUGACGCCUUGACGAUUGCCCAGGUGGGUCUUCAAUGCUGGUAUCGAGCUAAUUGCUCGCAGAGUUUCCACUGGUUCGCCAAUAUGGAUUCGUUGAAGGAAUUUCACAGGGUACUGCAGCCUCACGGUAGGCUGGGUCUGGUAUGGAAUGUCGAAGACUGGAACGCUCCCAAGAACCACAAAGCUUCUACAGCAUGGGAGAAAGUCGCACAUGAGCUCAACUUUGCUAUCGCGGAGGAGUCGGGGGAUGAUCAGCCUCGCUUUCGCCAUCAGGAGUGGCGGAAGGUGUUUGACGAGCAGAUCAAGGUGACUCCUUUGACCAUUCUCAAAGCGAGCGAUGAUCAGCUCUUCUCUCUUCCGAUCGGGGAGCAUGUCGAACCAUUCGAGGUUGCAUUGCCGGUCGAAGACGCAUGGAAGCGAUUUCGUACGCUUGGUCAGAUCUCGGUUAUUGAGGGGGAACGGUUGGAAGUAUGUCGGUCUACUUUUAUGGAUGCGAUCAAUGGUGAGGAUGUGGAGAAGAAUGAAAACGGCGAUGUGAUCAUCCAUGGAAAUUCGUACGCGUAUUGGACUUCGAAGAUCCCUGCAGAAGGUCGAGAUGGUGUCUUCAGUGUUGAGCAUUCCAAAGAAUGAGCGGGAUUGAUGAUGACCGAAUGCUCGUUGCUUCAGCCGCAUGACGCUCUCUGCAGCCCUGGAUUCAGUGAGGAGCCGUUGGAGUUUGCCCGUGUCAUAGAACAAGACCUUCUUGCACAUACAUUGACAGGAAGCCACUUCAAUGCCAACCUCUUCACGCGACCCUUGCCCCCAAAUUCCAUCUCUGCCACUGUCCCGACGACUUCACUUUGAC